CAAAACUGCAAUGAAGAAGAAGGGCGGAGCCAAAACAGGAUUGCGACGGGACCAAGGAUUUUGCAUAUAUUUAGGGACAUGCAUAUGAGAUUUUGCACUGACUUGCAUUGAUCUUGUCUAAAGAGUGCAUGUAGAUUACGUCACGGGUUCAGAUUUUGAAGUACACUGGUCAACGCUGGUUUUAACUAGCUAGCUAUAUUGCCAGCAAGGUUUCAACACAGGUACCAUUACUUCAACCGGACUUAUGACAAGUAUAUCUACGUUUAUGUACUUCGCUUUUGGGAGCAAUUUGCUGAGGGAGAGACUGCAGAUGAUGAAUCCGUCGGCGACAUUUCACAGUAUCGGUAGGCUAAAGGAUUAUAACCUCAAUUUUGGAGUCCGCGGAGAGAAAAUGUCAAAUAGAUGGCAUGGUGGUGUGGCCACCAUUGAAGAGAGCAUAGGAAAUGAAGUUUGGGGAGUCAUAUGGAAACUGAACCGCGACGAUCUGCCCAAUUUAGAUAAGCAGGAAGGCGUGGAUAAAGGCAUUUACCGGCCUCUGGAGGUGAAAGUGGACACACAUGAAGGGGAGGUCGUCUGUAGAACUUAUCAGAUGAACGACUUCAGGGCCAUGCUACCUUCCCCUCCAUACAAGCAGGUCAUAUGCCUUGGAGCCAAACAAAAUGGCAUACCCUCGGAUUACAUCAGGAAGCUUGAGGCGAUGAAGACAAAUGACUACAAUGGGCCUUCCAUCUUUGAUGACAUCAGAAGGGCAAUGGAGUAGUGUCAGAAUAGCUGGGGAGGUCAAGAAACAGCCUUUGACUGACUUGUGUGGCAGCCAGUGAACGGAACAAAAUGGCUUAUGUCCAGAAAACAAGUUGUUAAUACAGGAACUAUUAUACAUAUAGAAACAAGGAAAAAUGGUCACAUAGGAUAACCUGUUGCAUAAUGCAGGAGCAUUCAGAUGUAGGGUUUAAAGCUAAACCAAAGUGGUACUGAGCAAACUGUCUGCUUUUUGAAGGAUAACAGGUUUAGUUUUAAAUGUGUUCAUUAAUCAGUAAUGAUUUAGUAAAUGUCAAAUGGGGAACUGGGAAACUGUAAAACAGUAGUUGCCCAGCUACAAAAAAUGUCUAUUGAUAAGGUGUGUUUUUGUCUUGUAUUGACUGAGAUAGCCAAUUUAAGUAAGAAACAAGUCUUUUGUACAAAGAACACCACAAUUCAACCAAUGCCAUAAGAAAAUGUCCCUUCAGACCCCUGGUCAUUUUUGCAUGACUUGCUGAUCAUAAGAGUUGGUCAUUUGUUGCUGCAUUGACUUGUUUUUAUAUUAAAUGUGAAACAUGGAGCAGCAAACUUGAUUUUAAUUGUGUGUUGUUUAAAUACUGUGAGAUUAAUAGAUGUAGGUUUGCACUAACACAUUUAUGAAUGCCUAUUAGGAAUGUUUUCAUUUAUUAAUUUAUACUAAUGUAAAAAAUAUUAAAUAACUUGAAAUGACAUGUUCCAUAAAACAAAUUAAAUGUCCUGCUUUGUGAAA